AUGGAUGCAAAUCCAAAUCAAAGAGAGAAUAAAUAUGGAUAUUCUAGAAAAGAAAUAAAGGAAGGGUUUGAACAAGCUGAUAAAGAAAUACCAAUUUCAUGUGCAGUAUAUAAAAGUAGAGCAUUUAAACAUUUGACAAAACCUAUUAAUUCGUCUCUUAUCACCUCAUAUCUUGAAAAGUAUGAGAAUAAUGAAGAAUCUGGUAAUACGUUAGUAUUAAUGGACGUAAGGGUGCAAUGUAAUGUUAUUCAAUUUUAUGAGGUAUUGGAUAUAGGUGUUGGUGCGAACUUUAAUAAUGCUUUAGUUGCGAGAAUUUAA